AUGGCCCCCACAGCUGCUAACCCCAAGGACUGCCCCGAGUAUGAUCCCAAGAACAUGAUCUUCCGUCGUCUCGGCCCCUCGGGUCUUCGAGUCUCUCUCUUCUCCCUUGGAGGCUGGCUUACCUACGGAGGCACCGUCAACUCCGAUGAGACUAAGGAGAUCAUGAAGCUCGCUUUCGAGAACGGCAUCAACACUUUCGACACCGCCGAAGUUUACUCUGCUGGUCAGUGCGAGGUCGACAUGGGCAAAGCUAUCCGCGAUCUGAACCUCCGCCGUUCGGAUCUCGUGCUUAUUUCAAAGCUGUUUUUCGGCACAGGGUCCAAAGACCCCAAUGGGAAAGGACUUUCUCGUAAACAUUUGAUCGAGGCAGCCAACGCUAGCUUGGAGCGAGCUGGUCUACCGUACUGGGAUGUGUUGAUGGCUCACCGACCCGACCCUACGGUCCCUAUGGAGGAGAUUGUUCGCGGUUUCAACCGCCUGAUCGAGAGCGACAAGUGUUUCUACUGGGGCACCUCCGAAUGGUCUGCUCAGCAGAUCGAGGAGGCUCAUGCUGUUGCGAACCGCCUCAACUUGAUCCCUCCUAUCGCUGAUCAAUGCCAGUACAACAUGUUCCACCGUGAACGCCCGGAGAAGGAGUACGACCCUCUGUACAAGUCGCACAACUACGGUACCACGAUCUGGUCUCCUCUCGCUUCCGGUUUGCUCACUGGCAAGUACAAUAACGGGAUCCCCGAAGGCUCGCGAUUCGACACGAACAAGGGCGCCUUCGACAACACCGUCAAGGAGCUUCAGACUGCUGAGGGCAAGGCUAAGAUCGAGAAGGUGCAAAAGUUGACCACAAUCGCCGAAGGAUUGGGAGCCAAGGUGACCAACUUGGCUCUUGCUUGGUGUGCCAAGAACCCCAAUGUCUCUACUGUCAUUUUGGGAGCUUCGAAGCCAGAACAGAUUAUCGAGAACCUCAAGUCGCUCGAUUUGAUCGAGAAGCUGACACCCGAAAUCAUGUCGCAGAUUGACGAGAUCUUGGGCAACAAACCUACUUUGCCAUCUCUUUUCGGAAGGUAA